AUGGCUCCAUCCACCCCCUCAAAAAAGGCUAUUAUGCCGCCCCCGCCUCCUCCUACGCCUCGAGCACCCUCCAAUGCUUUGGUAAUCCGCCAACCAGCCGGUCCUGUUGUCCCUGUCCUACCUGCGGGAUCUCAAGCAUCUCCAGCUGGAAGACCAAGACACACUGUCACCGUCCAGGUGAAAGAGGAGAGAGGUAUGACCUCUUCUCCAUUGACUCCGAGACGAGCUUCAUCUACCUUUCCUACUCCUCCGUCGACUUCCCUCAUCCCACGAUCCACGCGAUCCAGGAUCUUGACCCCUUCUCCCAGAAGGAGAAGAUCGUCAUCGACACCUCUUUGGUCAAGAGCUCAGUCUUCAACAUCCACGGCAGCAUUCAAGGCUAAGCUCGCAGAGAUUCGAUCGAGGACUUCAAGGACGAGAGACCCCCAUCCCGCAAGUGGAUCCUUCCACAGGGCAAGUCGAAAUCGCUUCGUAACGGUGGAAGAUGAUGAUGAGGAGGUGCAAUCUCGAUUCUGGGGUGGGGAAAAAGUAAGAGGGUCAACGGCAGACGUCGCCAUCGACCUGUUGUCAGACUCGGACGAAUCAUCUCCAUCUUCCUCUCCUACACCUUCCACAUGCCGUGGAAUGAGUGUGCCCCAAUCGCUCGUCCGCCCCCUUCCCUUCCCCUCAACUUUCUCGAAUGCGACACCUGGACCAUCAAAUUCCAGUAGAUCAGACAGGGCAGAAUCGACCUUUUCUGUAGCAUCUUUCGGAUCAAGUGCUACGCCGUUCCUCCGUGCUCCGACUUGGGACGAUAGCGACCAGCGAUAUGGUCGAACGUACCCCAAAGAUGGUCCACCACGGGAGGUUGCUCCUACCGCUGCUACGAGCUCUUUACUUUCAUCGCCAAUUCCACUCCCCUUCAUCAUGGCCAUUGGUAAGAUGAGUGAUCUCAUCUCAUCCUUUCAACCUGAAAUUCCUGAGGAAGAUACCAAAAGGGGCAACGAAGAAAAAUGUAUCAUGAGUGUGAAAGAGAGAUUGAGUAUGGUGAUGGAGUCAAUUCUCAAUGACGAGCUAACUCUGCAUGAUGGUGAGCUGAUGAAGAGGCUGAAGGAUGAAUUGGCAGCGAGUGAUAUCGAUUUAUCCUUAUCUGAUCUCUCCUCUGUGAUUAAAUUUUUCAAGUCCACUGUCUAUCAAACUUUGAAAUCAUCGAUUGGCGAGUUUAGGGAUGAUCAAAGAUAUAAAGGCAAUAAGGAUAGCAGACAGAGUAUGUGGUUUAUUGAUUUCAAGGUAUACCUGAAAUUCGCUACACCCACUCUCGGCGAUAAGAUCAGUAAGGGAACAAUGGAAACUAUCCUGCUGUAUCUGCAAGUGGCGUUGAAUGAAAAGGAUACCAUGAAGCAUAUAGUCGAUCGUUUGAAGGUCAGAUUCAAUAAUUGCAACAAGCCAAAAACCAUGAGACUGUUGGAUGCAAUGAUCGACCUCUGUGCUUCAAUCGUUAAUAUAGCUUUUCCGAAGUGA